AAGAAAUGGGUAAGAAGUUCUGCUAUACGGACCUAAAGGCAGCAACCCAGACUGAACCGCGUAUCAAAAAUGGAAAUGGCCACCGCCGGGGCAGUUUGGACUCUCAAUUGGAACGGGACAUAGGGGCCGAGCAGGAAGAGGAUGACGGCGAUGAUGCUAUGGUGUUUGGAAACGCAAGGAACCCUCUACAGAAGAACAACGCAUUGGAUAGCAUGGCCAACGGCUACUUGCAGUUGGUCCAUCAAAUUGAGGCUCAUCUUUACACGCCACCUUCUCUAGUCGAGGUUGGAGAAAAACGCGAGGAGGGUGGAGAGAUACGAGGAAGCUCGCAGACCGAAGAUGAAAUCUCGCAGUCUUCGGAGGAUUCCAGUCAGCUGAAAAUUGGCUUUGUCGAUUUGUUUCGCCGCAGUCUUCAUUUCGAAAGCUUGGGAAUUCCGCUUACUCCCUUAGAGCUGUACUCCAUGGAAUUUCAGAGAAGUGAAAAACAAGAAGGAAGGAUUCUGGGCGGUUAUCGACCUGGCACUAAAGAGCAAAAGAUAUCACGCGAAACAUCCAGUUCUCAUCCAUCUGAACUUAUAAAAAAUACAUAUCAACCGCCUUCAUUUACAGGAAUGAAUUUCCGAUCCUCGAAUCCGAAGUACAUGGAAAACUUUCAGGAUAAAAGUCAACCCGAUUUAGAAAGAGAACGUAUUUUUGAAGACGAAGAUGUAGAGUUAUCCAAGUAUGCACCCAAGUUCAAUAGUCGAUUUCUAGAAAGCCUUCCCGAUGCAAGCCCGAUAAGAAGGUUGCCAAAGAGAAGUUCUUCCCCAGAUUUAGAUCACUGUCCUGGCUCACAUUUUAAGCCUACUACUAGCUCACUCCGAUUACCACCAAAAAAACCAAACCCAAGUCCCAUUGUUCAAGAACCAUCCCAAUAUUCCAUCAAAUUUUCAGAGCAAACUCAUUUCCCAAAUCCCAUACAAGAUUCCAUUAACUUUUUAGAGCAAUCUGAGUUCCUAUACCCCGUUAAAUCUCAAAGGUCCACUAAAGUUCCGGUUCAAAACCCAAGUAAAGUGCCAGGGAAAAAGGACAAUGCUGAGAGGAAACGUCAUUCUAAGUGUGCAAUUCAAACUGGAAGGAAGCGAUCUGUAAGCCCAGAGAACCGUAAAGCUUAUAGUAACAGUUGUGAAAAGUCCCUUAAGAUGGAUUUUAGAGGCUCCAGAGAACCAAGUGAUUCCCCAAAAUGUUCCAGAUCGAAAAAGAAAGGCACAUGGACCAAAAUGAACGUAUCCAAGUUGUCUUUAAAUUCUCGUUGGGUGCCUUAUAAUCCAGAAAGUAAGCCCAAUCGGACUAAGCCAUCAAACACCUGCCCACUUCAUGGACAUUCGAGCUCCAGGCAACGCAAACCCUUAACUUUAGAGACCCUAUUGGCCCCCAGGCGCCUUAGAAAUUGCAGUGAUGGUGAGCUGUUCCAGAAUGGGACCCAUCAGCUCAAUUUUAGGGGUAAGAGAACCCCUGAUCCUGUAAAGAGUUCCAAUUUGGAUGUUUUCGAUAAGCACCUAAAAGGCCUGCUGAAAAGUGAGCCCAAGAAGUCAUGUUUGAAGAAGUCCUCCAAUCCAGUUAGCGAAACCGAAUGCAACAUGGUGCCUCUGCACUCCGAUACCUUCACGGAUGUCUGGAAGCAAUCUAGAUUGGGCAGGGAGUAUUCGCAACGAAAACAACGAAAUGGGGGACUCUAUAGUCGGGCCGAUAAGCUAAGGUUCGAGACCAUAGAUCGACUGGAUGCUGGUUCUGCGGGCCUUCCACUUUUUAAGGAUUCGGAUCAAACAAUGGAGAGGACACAGUACUUCGUGUCAGAGUUCGAUAAAAUGAGUCGAGCGGAGAGGAGGCAUGAUCUCGAGUUGAGAAUGGCCCAAUUGCGUUGGGUGCAGUGCACCUCGGAUAAGAAAUAUCGCAAGCACUUUAGGAAGCAGGAAAUCAAGGUCAAGCCGGUGGAUACUAAUUCAGAGCAAUUCUUGUGCCCUUUUGGCCACGACCAUUGUCCAAAAGUGAUGAACGCCACUCUAUUGGGACACUUUGUGUCACAGCAUUUGGAUGAUCCGGGAGUUGAGCUGCGUGAGAUUUUCGAGGACGAGCGGACACUGAUCAUCUUCAGUCCCAAAGCUUUUGAGCUGGGCAUCAAUACCUGCAUGUCCGUGCUUGUCUACGGUGGAGUACGGGACCAGCCUUGUAGUCUCCCAGGAGCCAGAUUCAUGCCCACGCGAAAUAUUAACUUAUCUAAAGCCUACGCCCAUUUCGACAUGCACCUGCCGUUAUUCGUGGUGAUCUGUAGGAAUCGCCUGAGCAGCAUCGAGGGCAAGAAGGUGAGGUUCGACGAUCUGGAAAAGGGGGACGAGGAUGUGCUCGCCCUGUGGAUGGUGAGCAUGGAUCUGCCUAUUUCUGUUCAUGUGUUGAUGACUAUACUCAACCGACGAAUGGAUAUCACCAGGAGUUCCAUCAUGAAGGUCCGAGGAAUCCACAAAUCCCACAAUUCCCAGGAGUUCAUGCACACCAGCAAACAGUAUAUGCGACUCACUGAUCGUGACUUGCGAGUCCUUACCAACAAUCAUACGGAGCCAAUCUAUAUGGAGAUCUCUGUCAAGGAGUACGCCGGUAUAUAUCCCCGCCAUGAUUAAUGUGAUCGUUAAGACCUCGUCUGAAUGCCAAGCAUAUUCCCCUAAAACCCCAUUUAAAACUAAUUUGUGGCUAACCAUUCCAAUUUUUUAUAAGCAAAUAAGACUAUAUUUUCACAUUUAAUAUUUAUGUAAAUAGAUACAUUAUUUGA